CUGAAACCACCCCUAUAAAAGGAUCUCCAUUUUCCUUUAGGGUUCCCAAGCUCUCUCAAAAUUUAUCUCCUGAAAUUUUUUAAAUUCAUCUUGUUGUUCUUCAAAUAUUAAGUAUUUCUCUUCCUCUUAUCUAGGAAUCCACCAUGACGGUCAUUGUUCCAGAACUGGUUGUUGUUGAAAACAACAACCUUGACCACAAGGAAGAGAUUAACAAAGAAGAAGAAGUAACAAAAGAAGAACAACAGGAUUUGAAACGUGACGGAGGAUUCGAAGUUCCGGAAAGCAAUGCUUUUGGCCAUUCUUUUAGGGAUUAUGAAAAGGAGAGCGAGAGAAAAGAAUCUGUAGAAGAAUUCUACAGAACAAAUCACAUCAAUCAAACCUAUGAAUUCGCAAUAAAGAAGAAGGAGUACUAUGAAAAGCUAGACAAAACUGAGAUGAGUAUAUGGGAAUGCUGUGAACUCCUUAAUGAAUUUGUUGAUGAGAGUGACCCAGAUUUGGAUGAACCUCAGAUUGAACAUCUUCUUCAAACUGCUGAAGCUAUCAGAAGGGAUUACCCUAAUGAAGAUUGGCUUCACCUUACUGCUCUUAUCCAUGAUUUGGGCAAAGUUUUGUUGCACCCAGCAUUUGGCCACCAACCACAAUGGAGUGUUGUUGGUGAUACAUUCCCACUUGGAUGUGCAUUCGAUGAAAAUAUCGUUCAUCACCAGUACUUCAAGGAGAACCCAGACAAUGAUAACCCACUUUACAACACAAAGCUAGGGGUUUACACUGAGAACUGUGGUCUUGACAAGGUUACAAUGUCAUGGGGCCACGACGAGUACAUGUACUUGGUGUCAAAAGGAAACAACACCACAUUACCUCCAGCUGCUCUAUUUAUCAUCAGAUUCCAUUCCUUCUAUGCAAUGCACCGGUCUGGAGCAUAUAGACACCUUAUGAAUGAUGAGGACCACGAAAUGCUGAAAUGGCUUCAUGUCUUCAACAAAUAUGACUUGUACAGCAAAAGCAAAGUGAGAGUUAACCAAGAAGAAGUGAAACCCUACUACUUGUCCCUUAUUGAAAAGUAUUUCCCUGCCAAGCUCAAAUGGUGAAGACAAAUAAAGAGAGGAGAAGGUUUAUGAGAUCAACCACGAAAAGUUAUCAUCAGUGUGAAUUCGUACGUCUGUCUACAUGUAUUAGUUUUGUUGUUGUUGUUGUUGUCCCUUGGGUGGUGAUGCUUUAGAUUUUCUAUUCUUAAUGUUGAGUAUGGCUGCAUGGGGUGUUAUUUCAUUUGGGAUGUCUUGUUCUUUUUAUCUUUUGUAAUAAACAAAACUGAGAUAGCUGCUGUAUCUAUAUGUUUUAUAUAGAGUGUAGCUUCUCUGUUUAUACCUCAUUAAGUUAAUGCUAUGAUGAGGUUCAUUUACUGUCUAUCUCUUUCUCUAGUAAUUUUCAGUUGAACA